AUGAUAAAACUCAAUAAUCUCUUUAAGACCCGAGUUUGCACCAUUGAAUUCAGACAUAAACUCACCAACACUCAGCGCCACCACCUGCAAUUCGAACGGCACUUUCUUGAAAAGACACUGAUUCCUUCCAUUCCAUAUCCUCCACAGAGCUAUACACAUGUUUUCAGGCCUAUCAGAUCAGUCAUGAAUACAGUGAUUCUCAGGUAG